UAACCAUAAAAAUUUUCAGCUCUUCUAGUGCUGAUAUAGAUGUAAAGUAACGGUUAUUCUCUAUUACGAGGUUAUAAAGGGGAAUAAUUAUAUAACAAAUAGUAGUGUAAUGAACAAGGAGUCAUUAAUUCAAAUUGUUCAGGGCACUUUAGAUGCCGAUAAUAAUGUUAGAAAACAAAGUGAAAUAGAGCUUCACGUGUAUGAGAGACAACCAGGAUUUACCGAAUAUUUAUUAGAUUUAAUAAGUGAACCAGGUAUUUCAACUGGAGUUCAAAUUUCUGUAUCUAUUUUUUUUAAAAAUAGAAUAGCCAGUCAUUGGGUUGCACCUGAUAAUAGUAAAGAUACUUCAAGAACAAUUGCUGAUAAUGAAAAACCAGGUAUUAAGCAAAAAUUAAUUCAUACUAUUAUAAAGACUUAUAAUAAUCAACUUAUAAGUAUUCAAUUAUCUACAGCAUUACAUAGUAUUUUAGAUUUAGAUAAAUGGGAUGAUUUAACUACUAUUAUUAAAAAUUUAAUUCAACAAGGUGAUACAGCUUCUGUACUGGCUGGUUUAAUUUGUUUAUAUGAAUAUACUAGAAAUUAUAGAUGGUCAGGUUUAGAAAAUAAUAAUCCAGUAUUGGAAGAAGUUUCAAAUGAAAUAUUCCCAUUAUUAGAACUUUUAAUUGAAAAUAUGAUUAAUACUCCAUCAAAUACUACUACCAAUGAUGAUAUGAUUUAUCGUAUUCUUAAAAUUUUCAAAUUUACUACUUUUUCAACUUUACCAACUUAUAUUCAAGAUCCAAAGAAUUUAGGUAAAUGGUGUCAUUAUCAUAUUUUAAUUAUUAAUAAACCUUUACCUCAAUAUGUAUUACAAGAAGAUGAUCUUGAUCAAAGAGCUAAACAAACUGCUGUUAAAUCUGUUAAAUGGUGUUUUGCUAAUUUACAUAGAUUAUUAAGUCGUCAUGGUGGUGGAUUUAGCACAAGAAAUAAGACUGAUAAUCAAUUUGCUUCAAUGUUUUUAACAAAUUUUGUUCCAGAAAUUUUAACAUCUUAUUGGAAGAUUAUUGAAGAUUGGUCUUCUAAAAAGGCUUGGUUAAGUGAACCAUCUUUAUAUCAUUUAAUUUCUUUCUUAGAACAAUUAAUUGAUACUCCAUGUUGGAAUCUUAUUAGUGAUAAACAAGAUGCUAUCAUUAGACAUGUUAUUUUACCAACUUUAAUUGCAACUGAUGAAACCAUUGAAUUAUAUGAAGAUGAUGCUGAUGAAUAUAUUAGAAGAUUCUUUGAUAUUAAUAGAGAAUCUACAACUGCUGAUGUUGCAUCUAUUAAUUAUCUUUAUAAAUUAUGUUCUAAGAAAUUUAAAUCAUCAGGUAAUUUAAUUUUAAAUAUUAUUAAUGAUAUUUUUAAUAGAAGAGCUGCUAAUAGAUCAGAUUUACAAAUUGCAAAGGAAACAGAAGGGGCAUUAAGAAUUUUAUCAAGUAUUUCAUUUAAAUUAAAUACCAAGAGUUCACCAGUUAAUGGUCAAACUGAUCAAGUUUUAUUUACUUUUGUUUAUCCAGAAUUAUCUAAUGAAUGUAUUUCUAGUUCUCCAUGGUUAGUUGCAAGAGCUUGUGAUACUAUUGCCAUAUUUCUUUAUAAUUAUAAAGAUGUUCAAAUUUUAAAUUCAAUUUUUGAAGGAGUUGUUAAUUGUUUCCAAGCAGAAACUCAAUUACCAAUUCAAUUAACUGCAGUAGAUGCAUUAACAACUUUAGUUAAACAAGAUUCGGUUGCAAAUACUGUUGCUGAUCAAGCACCUGCAUUAAUGAAUAAAUUAUUGGAAAUGUCUAAAAAAAUUGAAAAUGAAACUAUUACUAAUGCUAUGGAAGAAUUUGUUGAAAGAUUUGCUAAGAAUUUAGAACCUUAUGCUGUUGAAUUAGCUUCUAAUUUAAGUUCCCAAUUCCUUUCAAUUGCUCAAGAAAUUUUGGAAUCAAAUUCGGAUCCAAGUAAUUAUAAUGAAGAUAAGGAAUAUCAAGCAGCUAAUACUUUAAAUACCAUCACAACUGUUAUUGUAUCUAUGAAUUCAUCUCCACAAGUUUGUGCAGCUUUGGAAGGUGCAGUUCAAGAUGUAAUUAAAUUCAUUCUUGAAAAUGCCAUGAUUUCUUUCUUAACUGAAGCCAUGGAAAUCUUGGAAUCAUUAGUAUUUUGUACAAAAUCAGUCUCUCCAAUUGUUUGGAGUUUAUAUCAAGUUUGUAUUGAUUCAUUUGAAACUUAUGCCUUUGAAUAUUUCGAUAAUUUCCUUGUUUUCUUUGAAAGUAUUAUAAAUCAUGGUUUUACUCAACCAGAAAUUACUAUUGAUAGUAAUUUUGUUCAAUCAUUAUUUGCUGUUUGUUUUAAACUUUUAAAGAGUGAUGAUGUAGAUCCUAUCUUUGCUCAUGGAACAUUUGAAUUAAUUGAAUUAUCUAUUCUUGCAUUAGGACAAAAGAGUAUAUCAGUAUUACCUCAUCUCUUUAAUGAAUUAUUUGAAAUAUUUGUAAGAUUAGAAGCUGAAGGUGCAUUUGAUGGAUAUAUGUUACAUCAUUUAUCAAUUUUAAAAGUAUUCUUUUCUGCAUUAUAUAUUGAUGCAGGUAUUACAUUAAGAUUUUUAAAAGAAAAAUCAUUUAUUGCAAAUUUUUAUAGAUUAUGGAUAGAACAUUCAGAAGAUUUUCAAAGUGUUUAUGGAUGUAAGAUUCAAAUCUUAGCAUCACUUGCUGUUAUUGCAAGUCCUGAUAUUUCUUUAUUACCAGAAGAUUUAAUUUCAGAAAAUACUGAUAUUUUAUUAGGUAAUAUUUCUGCAUUACCAGGAGCAAUUAAAGCUAAGAAUGACAUUAUGAGUAGAGAAGAAAGUCUUAAACCCGUAACUUUUGAUGAUGAAGAAGAAGAAACAGAAGAAUAUAGUGAUGCAUUCUUUGAAGAUGAAUUUGAAGCGGAUGAAGCUGAAUUAGAAGCUAUGAAGGAAACUCCAAUUGAUAGUGUUAAUGUUUUCGAAGUCUUCUAUAAUCAAUUAAUGACUAUACAACAUUCAGAUGCUACUAAAUAUCAAGCACUUUUCGGUGAACUUGAACCAAGUAAGCAAAAGUUAAUAGAAGACGUUUACAAGAUUGUUCAAGAAAAGAACGCUCAACAAUAGACGAUUAUCUAUAUACAGUUUCGUAAUAUAUAGUAUAUAGUCUACGGUAUAUAGUCUACAGUAUAUAGUCUACAGUAUAUAGCCUAUAGUAUAUAGCCUAUAGUAUAUAGCCUAUAGUAUAUAGUAGUAGUAUAAAUGGCACCUUUGAAAGGGAGAGACACUACUUUAAUUUUUUUGCAUUCGACUCUUUUGUUUAUAUGCACACCAUAAAUUAUCUGUACAAUUAAGUUUGACAAAUACGGAAGACAGGAUCAAUUCGAAGGCGUA